AUGGAGGGCGACCCCCCAGCAGUCGGCAAACAGAGCCUGCGCAUAAAAUUCAGGGCCUUCCCCAGGGUCCCAUCCCUGACGCGUGGUCUCCCCGGAGCAGAGAGCAGGGUCACGGCUGCCAUGGAGCCCAAGGUGGUCUGUGUUCUCCUGCUGGUCUGCGUGCUGACCCUCAGCUCCCUGGCCCAGGGCGAGCUCGAGACGUGUGUGGUGGCCCCGCACCACAGGAUGAACUGUGGUGCCCCAGGAAUCACGCCCAGCCAGUGCAAAGCCAGAGGCUGCUGCUUCGACAACACUGUUAGCGGCGUCCCCUGGUGCUUCCAACCCGUGGCUGUGGACAACUCUCCUGACGAGGAGUGCUCCUUCUAGACGCGCUUCAGGGGAGCGGCGCCAGGAGCUGGAAUGGCCUCGCCCAGCAGCCUGGAGCCCAGCCACGUCACCGGCCAGCACUUGGGGCCCUCCGCGUCCGCGCCUCGGCAGGCUUCGUGGGCAGACAGCACACACCCCUGGACUCGAAAUUGGCUUAACGAUUAAAAGAGAUGAAUGUCA